AUGACCUUCACCAAUAGUCUGCCCAUUCCGGUUGAGAUACAAUCCACACGAGAGUAUUUGUCACUCCGCCAGGCCCUUCUUGCAGGUGGUGCUCACGAGGACACCAUCAACGUCCUAGUCAACAGCAAUCUCUCACCUUUCCCACCCCAGAAGCGUCCCAACACUGCCACUAGCCUCCCCCCCUCGCGCGUCCUUAGCAACUGGAGACCUGAGAAAACUUUAAGUACGACCUCGGAGACAAAAACUGUCAACUUGGCCCCUUCCCCCAAGGAAUUCGGGCCAGAGCCACGGAGUGACAUCGCACCCGUUGCCCGCUCACCCACGCCCGGAUCCGAGACUCUCUCUGAUGGCGACGCUCAGCAGGAAGCACUGGAAGUUGUCCAAGAGGAGGUACAGGAUGCUACUAGUCAUGAACAUCGCACACUUUUGCUGACGGGGUUGCCUUCUUCAACAACGCUUCUCGACCUCACAAAGGUUGUACGCGGUGGAGCCGUCUUGCAGAUGUAUCAUGGAGAUGGUUAUUUACGCAUCUCUUUUCUAGAUCAUGCUGCGGCCGAAAGCUUCUUGCACCAUGCUAAAGAGAACGAUAUCUACGUGAAGGGACAGAAGGUGUCUGUCACAUGGAACGACCGUCAGGUCUACCUUAGCGACAGUCUCGCACGUCGGAUCGCCUCCUGUGAUGCCACCCGCAACCUUGUCAUUCGGUUCCAUAAGCCUUACAUGACUGCUGAGUCCAUACGCGACGACCUUGACCAUAUUUACAAUCUCGAAGUGGUCAGCAUCAGGUUCUCGAAUGAUCACUGCUUCAUUUCGCUGAACGGUAUCUCACACGCAUUCACAGCUAGAACUUGUAUGCACUCUCGACGAAAGUACAAGUGCGUGCGCAUUGAAUUCUACCCAGAUGAAUGUGCGCAGCCAAUAAGGCCUAGGCCGGUAAAGGACAAUCAUGACGAAGCAGACCGGGCCAAGAAAAGUGCGAUCACACUCAGAAAUCGGUUCGCAGCUCUGUUUAACGACUCAGAAGGCUGA